AUGCGCGCGCUGUUUCGAACAGCGUACGUCCGACCACUCACGUUCAAGGCUAAUCCCGCACACGUGUUUGCAAAAAAUGUCGGGUUUCACAUCGCCUGUGCGGCAAGAGAGAAGCUGCAAGAUCCACGGUUGGAUGAGAUCGAACAUCUGAUCGAAGAUGAUUUCGCUGCUUUGCGGCCGAAGUAUGAUGUACCCAAGAAUCCCAUAAUUCUGGCCCAUGGCUUACUCGGAUUCGAUGAGCUCCGCCUGGCUGGCAAGAUCCUUCCCGGAAUCGAGUACUGGUAUGGCAUAACCCAAGCCUUAACGGCAAAGGGUGUAGAAGUCAUCACUGCAUCGGUUCCGCCAUCCGGGAGUAUUGAACAAAGAGCAGCUAGACUCGCCGAGGUCAUUGAGACCAAAGCGAAUGGCAAAGCUGUCAAUGUGAUAGCGCAUAGCAUGGGCGGGCUUGACUCUCGGUACAUGAUCUCACGUCUCAAGCCCCCAAACGUCCGGGUGCUGUCGUUGACCACGGUUGCGACACCUCAUCGCGGCUCGUCCUACGCAGACCACAUUUUCAACCGCAUCGGGCCCCUUAAUGUUCCCAAACUUUACAAAGCGCUCGAGUACUUUGGGUUCGAGACGGGAGCUUUCCAGCAAUUGACACAAGAAUAUAUGGCGAAGUCGUUCAAUCCGCGCACACCCGAUUUAGAAAGCGUCAAGUAUUACAGUUACGGUGCAAGCGUGCGACCUCGAAUCACCUCGAUAUUCCGGAACUCGCACGGCAUCAUACAGAGGUUCGAAGGUCCCAACGAUGGUCUAGUGAGUGUGGACAGCAGCCGCUGGGGGACGUACAAGGGAACCUUGAACCACGUCAGCCAUCUAGAUUUGAUCAACUGGACAAAUCGACUGCGGUGGUUUAUCUGGAGAAUUACUGGCCGCAAGCGAAAUUUCAACGCAAUCGCAUUUUAUCUUAGCAUCGCAGUUCUCUCCUUUCCUAACGAAAACUUCGAAGACAUGCUAGCUAAAGAAGGUCUUUGA